CUGCGCUCGGCAGCUGUAGCGCUGAUCCGCUCUCAGGAUUAUCUCAGCUGCUGAGUGGAACGGAGGUUCUCGGGCUGCUGUUUCCGUUCAGAGACCGGACCUCUCAGUCUAACAUAUCAAAAUGGCGCAGCGGGAUGAAGCGGUGAGGGAGUUUGUUGCAGUCACUGAUGUGGACGAGGAGAGGGCCCGGUUUUUCCUCGAGUCGGCUGGUUGGGAUCUGCAGCUUGCUCUUGCCAGUUUCUUUGAGGAUGGAGCAGAAGAUGAUAUUGUUACUCUCCCUCAGUCAGAAAGCGGAUCAGUCUCCCGAUCAACAGGGCCAAGUGAACACAGAGUGACUUCCUUCAGAGACUUGAUGCAUGAAGAUGAAGACGACAGUGAUGACGAAGGGCAAAGAUUCUUUGCUGGUGGUUCAGAGCGUAGUGGACAGCAGAUUGUUGGUCCUCCUAAGAAGAAGAACACGAAUGAGGUGGUUGAGGACUUGUUUAAGGGUGCUAAGGAGCAUGGGGCUGUUCCAGUCGACAAAGCUGGCAGGGGGCCUGGAGAGUCUAGCAGGGCUAAGCCGUUUGGAGGAGGUGGUUAUCGACUGGGUGCAGCACCAGAGGAAGAGUCUGCUUAUGUAGCUGGAGAAAGGAGAACCUCCAGUAGUACGCAAGAUGUACAUGUGGUGCUGAAGCUGUGGAAGACUGGGUUCAGUCUUGAUGAUGGUGACCUCAGAAACUAUGACGAUCCUGGGAAUGCCCUCUUCCUGGAGUCUAUCCGCAGGGGGGAGAUUCCUCUGGAGCUGAGACAGCGUUCUCGUGGAGGGCAGGUGAAUCUGGAUAUGGAGGACCAUAGAGAUGAAGAUUUUAGUCGACCCAAGGCUGCUUUCAAGGCUUUUGCUGGAGAGGGACAAAAACUUGGCAGUGCAACACCAGAGUUGGUAUCUGCCCCAAGAAUGGGCCAGCAGGAACAGGCUGCCAGAGAGGCCCAGGCCAGCGCUUCCAUCAGUGUGGAUGACUCACAGCCUGUCACAAACAUUCAGAUCAGACUGGCUGACGGAGGCCGACUGGUACAGAAAUUCAACCACACCCACAGGGUGUCUGAUUUGCGUCAGUUUGUGGUGAAUGCUCGCCCGGCCAUGGCUGCGGCCGAGUUUGUUCUCAUGACUACCUUCCCCAACAAGGAGCUAACAGAUGAGAGCCAGACACUGAAGGAGGCCAACCUGCUGAAUGCUGUCAUUGUUCAACGGCUAAAGUGAUGGUGCCCUUUAGUGGCCUGGUUUUAUCAUGGCACUUGGAGUUUCCUCCCCGACAGGAAACGCAUGGACUAAAGGACUUCUAAUUACUUAAUUUUUUUUUCUUUAGUGAUAUUUUUCAUCUCCCUCUUCAGCAGUUUGUGGCAGCGGGUACCCCUGAAUUAACAAAAUGGAGUUGGGGUGGAAUAAACUAGAUUGUGUGAGAUGCUUUAAGGGAAGGAGAGAGAGAUGGAGUGGAACAGCAAAUUUUACUGUUAGAGCAAAGUAGGCGAACACUUAUCUAAAUUGAAAAUAAAGAGCUUUCUAAAGAGUUUUGACACUGUGUUUGUCAGACAGCUCUGCUGCUCCUCCUUUACCUUCUCGCUUUUCUCUCUUCUCUGUAUGAUUCCUCUUUCACUACAAACUCUCCACUGUCACCAGACUCUCUCUCUACCAAUGCCAGUAGCCUUACAUCCCAACACCCAGUCCAAUGGACUUCCACGUUCAGCUGCAAAUGUAAAAGGGUAAACUAUUUUUUUCUACUUAUUUUUUUUGAGACUAGUGGGGGUUGUGCAUUCUCAAAGGAGAAUCCCUUGAUUUUCCAAAAUUUCUGCAUAAUAAAAUGGUUGACAAACAGUCAAUCAGAGUGGUUUGAUAUGAAAUGCUCCAUUCUACAGAAUCUUACUGAGCCAGAAUUGUUCACAGUGGUGGCAAAAGGAGCCAGACGUCUGAAGAGUUUAAGGCAGGGGAGGGGAACUGAGGGCUGGGGUUCGGCAAAGUUAGGUGAUUUCCCUGCUCUAGCUCUUCAACCAAACCUGCUAAUUAGCUGAUGAGUUGAAUCCAGUAUGCCUGAGUAGGGAAAUCUUCAAACUGUGCUGGAGAUCCCCAUCACUGGUUUAACGCCUCUAAAAGCCUUCAUGUAAAUUCAUUACCUGGGAUACUUAUGAAUAUGCUGUCUGAUGCCUGAAACAUUGCUUUCAGAUAGUUUUGAAAAGGCUCCCUUGUAGUUUUGGAUAGUAAAUAAAAUGGCUAUAUUUGAUGGUAGAUGUCACAACCCCUGGUUCCUCUCACCACCACUGUAAAGUAAUUUGAGUCUGUAGGUUUCUCUGUUAUGAACCAUUUCACAUCCAGCCAUUCUGAACGACUUUACACCUCAGCAAUUUAACUGUAGAAAUUCUGAAAAAUUGGAUCAGUGGAAUUCCCUUUUAACCCUAAAGUGGUUUAUUUUGAAGUGAUAGUUGUCACAACAUUUUUUUGCCUGACUGUAUGCUAGCAAGAUAACUAAAUAGCUGGUUGUGAGAUGAUCACUUUCAUUUUUGGACUCUGGCUGCUGGUUAAAACAUUGGCAGCCACCUUGUCCUCUAUGCAGCGACUUCUUGUUCAACUGGAGCCACUGCGUGGUUGUGUGGAGCUGUGGUAAACCUGUGAUUAAAAUCCCUCUGUCUGCUGUU